AUGUCUGGUUCAAAUGCUGGCACUCUCUAUGGCAAAGGCAUUUACCUGGCCGAGAAUGCCACGAAGUCAGAUGAAUACGGUGAAGGGCCCAAGGGCCCAGCCUCCACCGGUGAGGAAGCAGAAAUGGGUUUCGAGGCGCCUCGGCCACCUCCUGGCCCUCCUCCACCUUUAGUUCGGGAGUCCUACAUCUUGGUCUGCCGUUCUGCGCUUGGCAGGGUCAACUACAAUGAUGAACAGCGUCCAGAUCCAGACAGGCUACAAAAGAGCUGCCUCUCGGGUGAAUUUGACAGUGUCCUGGGUGACAGGCUGAAGUUGAACCGGACCUUUCGUGAGAUUAUCGUCUACAAUGAUGACCACGUUUACCCCGAGUACAUCGUCAAGGCGAUGUUGGAUCGCAGUCUUGCGGGUCGAUUCAGUGGCCCAACCAAAGAGGAGGGCGUUCGGGCAGUCGAGACGGGCAUAUCGGAGCCAACAGAAGAGCAGCUUUGCUCUUUACAGGAGUGGGACCGAAAAGGCAAUGGCAAGAUUGAUUGGGACGAUUUCUUAGCAGAGGUGACCCAGCGAGUCCGUGACAAGAUCUCCUGUUCAGGUCCGGAACGCUUUGCUGAGAUCUACAGGGGAAUGCUUGACCGGAAACGUUCCGGGCGCUUUGACGGGCCUGAUGUUGGAGAGAGGGCUGUGCUGAGAAUGGUGUGGUACCAAUACUGUCAAAACCAGAGGACCAUUGACAAGCAGCAAUUGCUUCUUUUGCUGAAGGCCAUCAACCAGCCACCGGCCAACGAGCGUGAUGAUCUGGAUGAGACCUUCAAGGAGAUUGACACCAAAAAUGACGGAGUCAUCGUGACCUGGAUGUAUUUAUUUGUGUUUGUUCAUCCUCAUUGGACAGAAAGGACCUUACAUUCCCUAGAUCACUUGUAUUGUGCGGACAGCUUGCUUUGUUGGUGCUGUGAGAACAAAUUCUGCCAAGGAUUUGGAGGAAUUCAUGGAGGAGCGUCCCAGGGCUGCGCUGCGUCCCAUUUUCACUUGAGCACCUAUCAAAACCUGUCCUUAUCUAACUUAAAGGAGGCUAGAUAUACUUGUUUGAACAUGCUAGUGUUGAUAGCAAGGAUGACCUCAAGAACGAUAGGGUCAGGAACAAAAAACAAUAACUAUAUAACUCUGAUGCCUUAUUUUUGUAGGAAUAUUCAGCAUGGCAAACGAUAA